GGGUUGGCGAGGCCGGAAGUUGCGCCCUCACUACUCGCCGUUUCAAAAUGCUGCUGAGGCCUUAGGACCUGUGACUGACGCCCCCUCCCCCCCGGGCUCUGCGGGGGAGCUACUCAUGGAGCGGCCGUAAGAUUUAUCAGCAGACUUCAUUUCACCACUGCCAAAAUGACAACAUUUUCCACCUCUGCCCAUUGUUCAACAUCUGACAGUGCUUGCAGGAUCUCUCCAGAACAAACCAAUCAGGUACGACCAAAACUGCCACUUCUGAAGAUUUUGCAGGCAGCAGGUGCACAAGGUGAAAUGUUCACUGUUAAAGAGGUCAUGCACUAUCUAGGCCAGUAUAUAAUGGUGAAGCAGCUUUAUGAUCAGCAGGAGCAGCAUAUGGUAUAUUGUGGUGGAGAUCUUUUGGGAGAGCUACUAGGUCGUCAGAGCUUCUCUGUGAAAGAUCCAAGCCCUCUCUAUGAUAUGCUAAGAAAGAAUCUUGUCACUUUAUCUACUGCUACUACAGAUGCUGCUCAGACUCUCGCUCUCGCACAGGAUCACAGUAUGGAUAUUCCAAGUCAAGACCAACUGAAGCAAAGUGUAGAGGAAAGUUCCAAUUCCAGGAAAAGAACUGAAGAAGGCAAUAUUCCCGCACUGCCUACCUCACAGCGUAAAUGCAGAAAUUCUAGAGAAGAUGAAGACUUGGUAGCAAAUUUAACCCAAGAUGAGACGUCAAGACUGGACCUCGGGUUUGAGGAGUGGGAUGUAGCUGGCUUGCCUUGGUGGUUUUUAGGAAACUUGAGAAAUAACUAUACACCUAGAAGUAAUGGCUCAACUGAUUUACAGACAAAUCAGGAUAUAGGUACUGCCAUUGUUUCAGACACCACAGAUGACCUGUGGUUUUUGAAUGAGUCAGUAUCAGAGCAGUUUGGUGUUGGAAUAAAAGUUGAAGCUACUGAUCCUGAACAAACAAGUGAAGAAGUAGGGAAGGUGAGAGACAAAAAGGUGAUUGAAGUGGGAAAAAAUGAUGACCUUGAGGACUCUAAGUCCAUAAGUGAUGAUACUGAUAUAGAAGUUACCUCUGAGGAUGAGUGGCAGUGUACUGAGUGCAAGAAAUUUAACUCUCCAAGCAAGAGGUACUGUUUUCGUUGCUGGGCCUUGAGGAAGGAUUGGUAUUCAGAUUGUUCUAAGUUAACCCAUUCUCUCUCCACGUCUGAUAUCACUGCCAUACCUGAAAAGCAAGAAAGUGAAGGAAUUGAUGUUCCUGACUGCAGAAGAACCAUAUCAGCUCCAGUUGUUAGACCUAAAGAUAUAUAUGUAAAGGAAGAAAACUCCAAACUUUUUGGUCCCUGCAACUCAGUGGAAUUCUUGGAUUUGGCUCACAGUUCUGAAAGCCAAGAGACCAUAUCAAGCAUGGGAGAAAAAUCAGAUAACCUUUAUGAACAGAGAACAGGUACAGAAAACAUGGAGGAUUGCCAGAAUCUCUUGAAGCCAUGUAGUCUAUGUGAGAAAAGACCACGAGACGGGAACAUAAUUCAUGGGAGGACAGGCCAUCUUGUCACUUGUUUUCAUUGUGCCAGAAGAUUAAAGAAGGCUGGGGCUUCAUGUCCUAUUUGCAAGAAGGAGAUUCAGUUGGUUAUUAAGGUUUUUAUAGCAUAGCUGAAUCAAUGAGUUGCAGACAAAUAUUAACAGGGCCUGGUCAUAUAUCAAAAUGUCAGUAUUGAGCAUCUCAGUGUGACCCAUUUCAUACUUUCAUUUAUUCAUGGAAACAUUUGUGCUGUAGGACAUAUUUUUGCUUCUAAACUUAUAUGGAAUUUGAUAAUAAGUUCUUUCGAACUAGAUUAUCAAUUUGGAGACACCAGUAACAUUAAAAGAGAAGUUAAUCACUUCAUUCUGUCUUCAAAGAUGAGGAUCUGGCACUUCCCUGGUGGUCCAGUGGUUAAGACUCUGAGCUCCCAGUGCAGGGGGUCUGGUUUGAUCCCUGGUGGGAGAACUAGAUCCUGCAUGCCACAGCGAAGAUUCCCACCUGGUGCAGCCAAAUAAAUAAGUAAAUAUUUAAAAAAAGGAAAAAAAGGAAGUUAUUUAAAAAAAAAAAAAGAAGAUGAAGAUCUGGGAGGGAGCAACUACCAGUACAAAUAGAAAUACAUUCAUUCUUUCAUUUAGCAAAUUACUUGAAGAUUAAUCAUUUCUUUAGUUAAUUUUAUUCCUUACUCUUCUUUUCUGUUAGGGAAUGUUCUUAGGCCUCAAAAUCCAAGAUGGCUAUUAGAAAAAUAUUAAAGCUAACAAUGAAAAAAACAUAAGUAAUUUAUGUAUAAAGUAGAUCACUUUAUGUUGCAUUGUUCAGAGGAACCAAUAUGUUUGUAAAGUGCCUAGAACAGUGGUAGCAAACAUUUUUGCUAAUGUACCUCAAAGAGAAUUUUGAAAAAGUAUAUAUGAUAUUUUGCGUACUUUAAAAAUUGAGGUAUAAUUAGCAAACAAAGUGUUCCCUUCUAAUAGGAUGUUUCUGUCACCUCAGAAUGUUCUCUUGUGCCACUUUGCAGGCAGUUCCUCCACCAUUUCAUGGCUCUCACCUUCGAUUAGUUUUCCUUUUGCACAUGUUUAAUUCGACUUCUAAAUUUUUAAGAUUUAAGUACUUACAGAGGAUGUAUCAUCCAUUAUAUUGUAGAUGUCCUUUCAAGAUAUUUUUGCCCAAACCUUGGAUCUGUAGAUUUAGCUGAUUGAAUUUAUAGAAAAAGUCGGGUCAUAUAAACUGGCAAAGCCUAUUCUCAUUAUAAAACUAAUCAGCCAAAUCAGAUUUCAUUUUCAGUCAAAGUAUUUGACUUUAUUUAAUUCAGUUAAAUGUAUUAUAUACAUCUAUGGCACAACCUCUUCUCAACGACAGUUCUAAAAAAGAUAAGGCACACAGUUUUUAACCAAAGCUCUCUUUGCUUUACUCUUUCCUCCUGUCGCUUGGGAGUCUGCUAGGGGUUUUUUGUCUUUGUUUGAUGCCUCUGAGGUUUUUUACAUUCUGAGGCAAUGCCGCAUAGUAAGAUUUUAGAUGGGUGAGAGGCAGCCUUUCUUCUGAAAACAGUAUAGCAGUUGUGAAAAGGAAAGUAAUUAAAGAGAAAUGAUAGCUCUGAAAAGGCCUUAUCUGAUCACGUAAAUCUUAGGAUAAUACAUAUGGAAAUUGAAGAUCUUUCAGUUGUUUUCCUUACAGAUAUUCUUGUCUGCUUUCCCUGUGGAAAAAAUCUUGGUGUAUGCCUGGGUACCAGUAUGAAUGUAGUCAUUUUGAAAACCAAGGCCCUAGAAUUAUCAAUUUUAAGGCUCAUAAGAAUCACCUGUGUUGCUUGUUAUACGCCCAUCUCAACCCCCGGCCCCAAACACACACACGUGCAUACACUCACAGGAGUGCGUGCACACGCAGACUCUUUGAUCCCUGAGGUCUGGGCCAGGGAUUUCCAUUUGAACAAAUGUUUCUGGAAGCUGACGCAAGUUCACAAACCACACUUUUGGAAGCCCUGCCGUGCCUUAGAAGGAAGGGUGUUUUAAGGUGCAGGAAGUAGAACAAGAUCCCUUUGUUUAGCAUUAUAUUUAAUUUCUAGAGAAGUUUUGUUAAACUCAUAGAACUUUAAAAUUAGGAUGCACUCAUCUACUCAACCCCUUUUAUUUUGCACAUGAGGCUGAAAGGAUAAAUGACUUCUGAAAGUCACAGCUAGUGAUAGAGCUAUUACUAGAAUCUAAGUCUCUUGUAGUAAACCUUUAAACCAUACUUGCUUCCUUCUCAUUAUUUGUUAAAUGGUGGUGCGUAUUGAAUUUGGAACAACUGAUAACCUUAAAAUAUUGUUGGAGAAUAUGAGUUGCAGCCAAAAUAGGACUUCAGAGAGAACAGAGACUUUUAACCCUUUCUCCCCAAAGAGAAAAGGCACAGUAAAUAUCAAGCUCUCUUAUAUAAUCAGAUAAGUUACUCCUCCCAUUGGGAAGACAAGUAAAGAUGGCAGAGGAACCUGAACUCUUUUCUCCAGUAUUUUUCCUUCUUGGGGAAUGAAACUCAGGUCUCUGGCUCCCUCCGGGCAUUAGGGACAAGGGUUUUUUCCCCCCAAUAAGUAGAACCAGUUCUUCAAGUUCAGUGUUUUGUUAGACUGUUCAGUGUUUUGUUAGACUAUGGUAAAUGCUCUGAAUAUUUAGAAAGUUAAAUAAUUUUCUACCCUAAUUCCCCCCCACCAUUACUCUCUUCAUAAUAGUUUGAUAGCCCUCGAUUUUGUUUUAUUUUUGCCAGUUAAUUGCUUUUGCAAGUGAUAACUCAAAGAAGGAGCAGGGAGAGCUGGAAUCUGCACUUGUACCCUCUGAUUCCUUAUAAAGUUGCAGUUUUUUAGAAAACUUAAAUAAGAAAAAAUUUAGAAUUUUUAUUUGUGUGUAGAUGUUUGAUGCUAAUUUGGUGCAUCCUUGCCUAGCACAGAAUCCUCUUAUGUUACUCUACUUACUUUCUUUUCCCCUUGGGUCACCUGGGUUUUUACUGUCCCCAUUAGCAGUAAGUACUUUACUUAGAAGAUCUUAAGCUGCGCAUUUGAGCUGAAAGUAUUACAAUAAAUGUACACUUGGGUUUACUGUACUUCUAUCAAGAGCCUUUUGAAUGACUGAAAUAUUAAAGAGAAAGAAGUGUAUCUGUAGAAAGAGGUAGGUAGUGUUUCUUGGUAGCUUAUCUGAAAUCUAAGAUGCUGCAUCUGCAGAUUGUUUUCCGUCAUCCAGGAUCUUUAUUAAAUGUCAUCUGGGAGCAUAGCACAGCGAGUAGAACUCCUUGUUUCUUGGGGUAGGAUGGGUCAGGGAUCCUAAAAAGGGCCAAAUAGAACUAUCAGAGCAAUUCUUUACCCGCAAGAAUCGUUAAGCCAUCUUCUUGGUCUGAUUUUGAUUUUGUUCUUUUUUUCAAUGUCACUGCGGUACAGAUAAGCAAGACAUGGUUUGUAUUUGAAGACGUCAUAGUUUAUGUGAUGCUAUGUGAUGAUGAAACUCUUGACUUCCAAGCACUGUCAUUUAUUUUGUAGUUAGGGUGACUAUGUACUCUGGUUUUCUGGAGACAGUGCCAGUUUACCCCUAUUUUUCAGCAUCCUAUCCGGUUCAUUUCUGUUGCUCCCCUUUCACUCUCAAAUGUCUUCUUUUGGACAUUAAAUUAUUAUGGUCUUCCUAGUUAUAGGUAAGCCAUGCUUGGAUUGAAAUCUUAAUUGUGAGGAAAGGAUCUGUUAAAGUAGGUGUCAGUGGAGUUUAUAGUUUCCGCUGCAUCACGCCAUAGACUUGUGAUUAAUGAAAUCAUCCCACAUUAGCAUCAAAUUUCUUAUUUUAGUUAUAUAAAUUAAUAUUUAUGACCAUGUUAUCCCAGACAAAAUGUUCAGACCAGAAAUGACAAAUCCUUAGAAAAGCAGUGAAUUUCUAGAUUAUAGCUAAAAAUGUCUUCUGUCUCUUAUUGUUAGCUCAUUUUACUUGCACCAUAAUUAUAAUAUUUGGUAUGCUUCUGUAUUUAAUACUUAAAUCAAACUUUAUAAAAAUCGUAGAUCAAGGCUUUAAACUUAUAAGCAUUUCUUCACAGUCCAUCUAUGGAAUAUCAUAGGUUCCCAAUCCUAGGCUUGAACAGUGGUCAGUGUCCAGCCAGGCCAGCUUCCAAACUGCCAUGAAGUUGUAUAAUAUAAGAUUGAAUCACUGCCAAGCAUUUGAAAUAUUCAGUUGUGUUUUAAUAAUAAUUUAUGUAUAUUUAGAUGUAUGUAAUGCUUUGUGGGACGUUAUUUUGUUUGUAAGAAUUUAUUUUUAAAGGUCAGGAUCAUUUGUAAACUUUUAAUGUCAGUUCGAUGCAAUGUUGGCUCCUUUGACAGUCGCUGAGAAAUUAGUAAAUGUUAAGAUCUCGUGUUCUACAAAGCUAUUGUAGUGUUACCUCUUGGUUUUCUUUAGAAAGGAGGAAACCUGUUAACCAGCUAUUUGAUUUUUUUCCUACAGAGAGUUAUAUGAACUUCUGAAAGUAUAUGAUUUUAGAUACUGUGAAUCUGUUGUUUUCCAUUUAGCCAGAUAGCUGCUUAAAUUAUUCAGGCCCAUGGUCUAAAGAAUUCAUUUUGACAGAUCUCCCAUUCAUGGGUGUACAUGUGUGCACACACACUAUCAAGACUGUUAAAGCUUUUGCUAAAAAUGUCUGUGGACUGGCUGUGUUUACAAUCUGUACUUCAAAGAUAAAGGAACCUGCAAGCCCUCCCCUGUGCCAAAAGUAACAUGUACAGUGUUUACAAAUGUCUGAAAUUUUGCACUGCCAUACGCUAUGCUGAGAUUACUUUGCUGGAAUUUCCCAGAUUUGUGAUUAGCUGAGGAGGAAUAUAGAGGACCCUAAAGCUAAACUGGAAAUGAGGAUUAUCUGAGGUAGUGGUUCAAGUAGCUCCCCAGACCUAAUCUGAAGACAGUUUUCCAGAUGGCCUUGAGAUAUCCUUUUCGUUGACAGAGCUUUCCUUGUUUGCCAUUGCUAUAUUCUUUCUUUAAGAGCCACAGAUCUCUUCUCUCCUAUGGGAGAAUGUCCUAUUAGCAUUUUGAGAUCUUUUAAUGCAAUGAACGUGCAAUCCCAAAUAAUUCUACUGUUGGUGAAUGUGGCAUUGUUAAAGAGCAUAUUAUAAUAAACCUACACUUGGGUUUACUGUACUUCUUUCAAGAGCCUUUUGAAUGACUGAAAUGUUAGAGAAAGCAGUGUAUCUGCAGAAAGAGGUAGUUAGUAUAUCUUGGUAGCUUAUCUGAAAUCCAAGAUGCUGUUUCUUCAGAUUGUUUUCCUUCAUUCAGGAUCUUUAUUAAAUGUCUUCUGGGAACAUGGCACAGCAAAUAGAACUCCUCAUUUCUUGGGGCAGGAUGGGUCAAGGAUCCUAAAAAGGGCCAAAUAGUGCUGUCAGAGCAACUCCUUUCUCGAAUAGUUGCUGUAAUAGUUGCUGUAAUUUGGCAAAUUGACAUUAUUAUAACAGUCUAUUAGAGCAUCUAAUUUCUUAUCCUAAGGCUUUUUUUUUUUUUUAAACAGUAAGUACUUUGAUGUCAGACAUUUCCCCUUCCUUCCUUCCAUCCUGUUGCUCUUUUUUCUUGGAGUUCAAAGUUAUUAUCUACUUCUGAAUAUUGCUUUUAUACCAAAGGCCUUCUGUAUUACCCCUUGGGUGGUUGUAACUACAGUAUCUUUAGAUAAGGUUCCUCUUUUCCAGCCAGUCCUGGGGAUUGUUUCUCUUGCAGAGUUAGGUGGUAGAUUCUAGCAAUAAGAAGGAAAGAUAUGACAUCAGAACUACCAUCUAGUACAAAACAACGGUAGUUGAGGAUUUGUGUGUAUGAUGGGGCAACAGGGGAUUUAGUUCCCCUAUUGUCUCAGCAUUUAGAAAUUGAGGUCAGCCUGUCCUCUUCCUACAGGAAGAUUAUUAUUAAUUUUUAACUCUAUUUUAUUUUGGAGUAUAAGUGAUUAACAGUGUGUUUCAGGUGUACAGCAAAGUGAUUCAGUUAUACAUGUAUCUGUUCUUUUUCAAAGUCUUUUCCCAUUUAGGUUGUUAUAUAAUAUUGAGCAGAGUUCCCUGUGCUAUACAAUAGGUCUUUGUUGGUUAUCCGUUUUAUUUAUUUAUUUUUUAACUUUUUAUUUUAUAUUGGAGUAUAGCCAAUUAACAAAGUUGUAAUAGUUUCAGGUGCACAGCAAAGUGACUCAGUCAUACAUAUACAUGUACCCAUUCUCCCUCAAAGUCCCCUCCCAUCCAGGCUGCCACAUAACACUGAGCAGAGUUCCCUGUGCUAUACAGUAGGUCCAUGUUGGUUAUCCAUUUUAAAUAUAGCAAUGUAUACAUUUUGUUCCCUACAGUUUGCCUCAUUUUUUCCACUUCCUUUUUCAUAAAGAAUCAAAAUGUCUCCUUUGGUUUUUUCUUUCCCCCUUUAGAAAGUUAUAGAACAUGUUUUAAAGGAGGAAUGAAAUGUUUCUGGCUUCCUCAGCACUUGGCAAAGCAGCCUCUUGAAUAGAACUCUCUCCUAGUCUAUAGCUAGGAGCUGUUAAGUGCCUCUUGGAUAGAGAUAAGGAGUAAGAUUAUUCCACCAUGGUGAGUCCCAGUCUUGACCUUCUUAAGCCUCAAUUUUUCUCGUCUGUAAAAUGAGUCCACAUACUACUCUUUCUACCUCAUAGUUUGUUGUGGGGAUUAAGUGUGGGAGCGCAAUAGAACCUCUAAUUGCCUUGAAUAAGAUAUUAGAAGUUGUUACGCUUUGGGUAGACCAAGCUCUGGGGUAUAUAUUCAGAAUACCUCAUGUCCUGGAAGCUGAGCAUGAACUCCCCUUUGUGCCUGCCUAGCAGAGCCUAUAUUGCUUCCUUUUACCCAUGCCUCUAGCUCAGAUAUCCUUUGCUUGACAUGAGCUCUUGUCUAGAAGAGUUCUGCCUCUAGGUUCUGAGAGAAGUGUGUGUGUAGAUUUGGCUAGUAGCUACAACUGCCUUGCUAUGGUCUUGGUAUAAAAAAUUCUGUCUUACAUGCACUUAAGUAGAUGGCAUAAAAUGCAGUCAGUAUACAGAAAGCAUGCAAUUUUCCAAAUAACAUAUCUGAUUAGGUAGUCAUAAUUAAUAGGAGUAGCAAAUGUGGUUUCAUAAAAUGGGAAGAAAAAGGCAAUUUAAAAUAACUGAAUAGUGACCAGCCCACCAAAUGAGAAAAGGAGAUAUUUUCAUGAGUUCUUGCCUAAUCUUUAUAAGCACCACUAAGUUAAUAGCUCUGUAUCUUUUCGGUGUUUGCACUAUGUAAUGCUUUUAAUAUCUGUUGAUUCUGUUGUGCUUUUUUUGUGUAUUAAAUAUUUUUCAUUUUGCCA